ACAGUGCGGAUAUUUUAAAGCCGAGGACUGGAGGAGUCACUAAAAUCAUAUAUUAUAUAGUUUACGCUUAACUACUACUUGACCACUUCAACGUUCCUAUACAUCGAAUGCCAUGUCUGCUGCAUUUCGAAUCUCUCCAGCCCUAUGGGACAAGAUUCACCACUUUGCUAGCUUUCCCCAGACAGGCGUAUCGCUGCAGCAGAUGGUGCUCUUCGGUCAACAUCCAAGCCAGGGAACUCUCCUCAAAGCUAGUCAGUUCCUUGCAGAGGAACUGCCCGUCAGACUCGCACACCGUGUCAAGGAACUCGACCAGCUUCCACACAAUCUCAGUGACAUGCCUUCCAUACGAAAGGUCAAAAACUGGUAUGCCCAGUCAUUCGAGGAGCUCAUCAACUUCCCCCCCGUCCAACUUCCCCAACACCUUCGACAGCAGCUUUCCGCAACAAGCCAGAACAUCUUCUUACCAGACAGCACCCCAAACCCAAGUCUUACCGCCCUCCAAGACCACGAUCACCCUCUUUUCAACUUAUCCCAUAACAAAAGCAACCCCAACGGCAUCGGAAAUAUCAAACUCCGAGUCCCUUUGGAACGGAGGUACUACGCCAAGUCUUCAUCCAUAGACUGGCCACCCUCCGUUCUUGACUACAACGCCCGUUUCACUCGCAUGCUCGAUGCCAUAAAACGCAGACACGAUCCUACUGUCACAACAGUCGCUCAGGGCGUUCUAGAAUGGAAACGCAGUCAGAACGCCAAGAACAUUGGCCUCGAUAUGCAGGCCUGGCUUGACAGAUUCUACAUGAGUCGUAUCGGAAUUCGCUUCUUGAUUGGCCAGCACGUCGCACUAAACACACAACAGCCCCACAAGGAUUAUGUAGGCAUCAUCUGCACUAAAGCUAACGUUCACGAUAUCGUACAAGAAGCCAUCGAAAAUGCCCGUUUCGUCUGCGAGGAACACUACGCUAUGUUGAAAGGUCCCCCCGUCCAACUCAUCUGCCCGCCCAACCUCGAUUUCCCCUACGUCCCAGGCCAUCUCUCUCACAUCUGUUUCGAACUCCUCAAAAACUCCCUUCGUGCCGUCGUCGACCGCUUCGGCCACGAUGCAGACGACGGGAACCAAUACCCGCCCAUCAAGGUCAUCGUCGUCGAGGGCAAGGAAGAUAUCACCAUCAAAAUCACCGAUGAGGGCGGGGGAAUCCCACGUAGUGCCAUUCCCCUCAUCUGGACCUACAUGUACACGACUAUGACAGGACAGAGCAUCGACCAAGACUUUCAAGCCAGCGAUUUUCAGGCUCCGAUGGCAGGUUUUGGGUAUGGACUACCAUUGUCGAGAUUGUAUGCGAGGUAUUUUGGAGGUGAUUUGAGGCUUAUUUCAAUGGAGGGGUAUGGGACGGAUGUGUACAUCCAUCUCAACAGGCUUUCGAGUAGUCGGGAGCCUCUUCCGUAGUCCGGUUGAUCUUAUCGGUAUAGUAGGGGUUUACACCAUAUAGGGAGGGACCUAGGUCCACUCGGUAUUGAUUGUAUCUCGCUGGUUCGUUCUCAUUGACGUUCUCGGGGACCAUGCGAGUCCACUGUAUGUAAUGACAGACUUUAAUCUUAUGACAAUGUAUCCAUUAGUGCAAUGUACAUAGCAAUAGCAGAAUCAAAAUGCAAAAAAAG